AUGAGUUAUUCGGAGAAACCCGAGGAGAUCACGAAGGACGAGUGGAUGGAGAAACUAAACAACCUGCACAUCCAGAGGGCGGAUAUGAAUCGACUCAUCAUGAACUACCUGGUGACAGAAGGAUUCAAGGAAGCAGCAGAGAAGUUUCGGCUGGAGUCAGGAAUCGAGCCAAGUGUGGAUUUAGAGAGCCUGGAUGAAAGGAUAAAGAUUCGGGAGAUGAUCCUUAAAGGGCAGAUCCAGGAAGCUAUCGCCCUGAUAAACUCUUUACACCCAGAGCUGCUGGACACGCACCGCUACCUUUACUUCCACCUACAGCAACAACAUCUCAUAGAACUGAUCAGGCAGCGGGAGACGGAAGCGGCCUUGGAAUUUGCCCAAACCCAAUUGGCCGAGCAAGGGGAGGAGAGUCGGGAAUGUUUGACGGAGAUGGAGAGGACACUGGCAUUGCUGGCCUUCGAUAACCCAGAGGACUCCCCGUUCGGUGACCUACUUAACAUGAUGCAGCGACAGAAGGUCUGGAGUGAAGUCAACCAGGCCGUGUUAGACUACGAGAACCGCGAGUCCACGCCCAAGCUGGCCAAACUUCUCAAACUCCUCCUCUGGGCGCAGAACGAGCUAGAUCAAAAGAAAGUCAAAUACCCCAAGAUGGCCGACCUCAGCAAAGGAACGGUAGAGGACCCCAAGUAA